CAUUCAUCCUGUGACAGAGGUGAGAGAAAACCAGAGACUGUAUAAAGGAGGACACCAAAGAAGAUUUAGAGAUUGUUGAAGACGCCAUCAGAGGAGGUGAGAUCUCUGCUGGGAAACACACACUUGGAGAGAAUAAAGAAGAGAAGUGGAGAGACUAUACCUGGACAAAGUCAUCGUCCUGAACUGAAACCAAAGAGCAUUUCCCUCUGAAAGACAUCCUGACUCCAUCUGCUGGUGAAUACAUGACAUUACUGCAUUCCUGCUGUUGAUCAUUCAUCCUGUGACGGAGGUGAGAGAAAACCAGAGACUGUGUAAAGGAGGACACCAAAGAAGAUUUAGAGAUUGUUGAAGACGCCAUCAGAGGAGGUGAGAUCUCUGCUGGGAAACACACACUUGGAGAGAAUAAAGAAAAUAAGUUGGUGAGUCCUGCUCUAGAAAUAACUUUAAUACCAAAUGGCUGAGAAAACCGCUCUUGUUGAAAGUUUCCUGAGCUGCCAUGUGUGUUCAGAGACUUUCAGAGAUCCUGUGUCUCUGGGCUGUAACCACAGCUUCUGUUCGAGCUGCCUGCAGACAUUCUGGGAACAAAGUAAGAACAACAACUGUCCCAUUUGUAAAAGAAAGUCCUACAAAGAUCCUGUGGUGAACUUUGCACUGAAGGAACUGUCUGACUCCUUUGCUGAGAGACAGAAAGCUGGAUCAUCUGAGACAGAGAAAGGAGAGAAGAAGGUGGAGGUGGUGUGUAGUAAACAUCCAGAAGAGCCUAGAUUGUUCUGUAUGGAUGAAGAGAGAGCUGUGUGUCCUGUCUGUGACUUUUCUCUCCACCAGGGUCACAAGGUGGUUCCUGUAGAACAAGCAGUCAGUGAGCUGAAGGACCUGCUGACAUCUGACUUAGAGUCUCUGCAGGACAAGAGGGACAAAUACAAAGGAGUGGAGACAACAUACAAGGAAGUGAUUCAAGUGUCCGAGAAGCAGCUGCUGUCCACAGAGAGGCAGAUCAGAGCAGAGUUCAUCAAGCUCCAUCAGUUCCUGAAAGAGGAAGAGGAGUCCAGACUGGCAGCUCUGAGGGAGGAAGAGGAGCAGAAAGGGAAGACUAUCAGCAGAGAGAUGAAGAGCAUUCAGGAGCACAUCUCCUCUCUGUCACACAGUAUCUCUGCUGUUGAAGAAGAGCUGCAGAAACUCAACGUGCCCUUCCUCAGCAGUUAUAAAGCCACUCAGAGCAGAGCCAGAGUCCAGAGCUCACUGUCAGACCCACAGCUGCUCUCAGGAGCGCUGACAGAUGUGGCCAAACACCUGGGCAACCUGUCCUUCAGAGUCUGGGAGAAGAUGAAGGACCAGGUCCACUUCAGUCCUGUCCUUCUGGACCCAAACACUGCACACAACCGGCUCUCUCUGUCUGAUGAUCUGACCAGUGUGAGAUGUGGAGACACAUAUCAGCAGCUUCCUGAUAAUCCAGAGAGAUGCACUCACUAUGCUAGUGUUCUGGGCUUUGAGGGCUUCAGCUCAGGGAAACACAGCUGGGAGGUGGAGGUGGGAGAUCAUCCUGCCUGGAAUAUAGGUUUGACUAAAGAGUCAGCUGACAGGAAGGGAGAGAUACCAGGUGUCUCACCAGAAGAUGGAAUCUGGUGUUUAUGGCAUGGCGAUGGAGGAUACUCUAAUGGUGCUGGUGAGACUGUCAGAGUGGAGAAGAAUCCCCAGAGGAUCAGAGUCCAGCUGGACUAUGACAGGGGGGAGGUGUGCUUCUACGACCCUGAACACAUGACUCCCAUCUGCACUCUCAGAGACACUUUCACUGAGAAACUCUUCCCAUAUUUCAGUAUUGGAGAAGCUGGUGAUGCUAAAACUGCUGAUAUCAAAAUCUGUGAGUGAGAUUCCUCUGUGAUGCUCAGGAGUGUUGGUUCAGACUUUAUUCUGACUUCACUCUCCGUCUACAUCUCUUUGGAACAUUCAAGAACAUAAUCAACAGAUGAUGAGAAUUUAAUCUUUGCAUGACAUUUUUACGCAUUAUAAUCAAAGAGUCAGUCAAAGACAAACAAACAACUUGAUUGUUUAUUGAGUUUAUUUUGCAUCAAACUUUAUUACAGUGUGUUUAUAGUUUUCAUUUGACUCAUUUAAUGAUCGAUGAAUGUUCACAUUUUUAAUCCAAGAAUCUUUAAAUGGAUGAAUUUAUUUUCUGUUUUUCUUUGUAAUGGAUGAAAUGAGAAUGUUUGAUUAAGUUUUGUGUGAAUUCUUGAAGAAAUGUAAGAAGUCUGUAUAUCGUGCUGAAACUUCAUGACAUCAACCAAACUAAGAAUCAAAGCUGUCAGUUCUCCUUUGAUCUAGUUUCUAGUCAAACAUCACGUUAUAGCAGUAUACGUUAUCAGUUUAACUUUUUUAUAUCUUUGGGUCUUUUGAUGAAUUAUUUUGAGAUAUGUUGUUUUACUGCAGGGAGCAAGUCAUUUAAUACAUUUAUUUGAAUUCAUUAUUUCAUUCUUACAAUGUUCUUUCGUGACAUUUUCAGUCCUCUAUAGAUGGACAAUAACAUUCAUGGUAAUUGAAAAUAUCAAUUUCUAAUCAACCUAGAGGGAAUAACAGCUGUGUAUAAUUAAGUGUAGUAUUUGUAAAGCUGCUUCAGAUAUCUUGUGAUUAAAUAACCAGCUGUUUAAUUCAGAAAUGUCUCUGAGGUUGAUUUCUGUUUCUUUGGUACAUCUGUCAAAAAGCCAUGUGACAAAUUACAGAGACUAUAAAUGAUGAAAGACAAUUGUUCAACAAACCUUUACAAUAAAAAAUAAAUAAUCUGAAUAUCUUAA